AUGAGGUGUGUAAGGCAGUUAGCCACGGACUCGGCGGAAAAUUUCCCACUGGCAAGCGAAACCCUCGAAAGAGAUGUUUAUAUGGACGACGUCUUGAGUGGCGGAUCGACUAUUCAAGAUGCGUUAAAAUUGAGAGACGAAUUAAUUGAAGUCCUAAAUGGAGGAGGAUUUAAACUGUCAAAAUGGGCUAGCAACGAUUCAAGACUAAUACCAUUACCUUUGGAACAAGGAGAUGAAGACCGAAACGCGAUCGAACAGGAUAAAGCUGACACAUCCAAAGUGUUAGGCUUAAUAUGGAACUUCAGGGAAGACACCUUAUAUUUCAGAGUAUCUGUCCGCACAUCACAUUCUAAGAUUACGAAAAGAUCGAUACUUAGUUCGGUAGCGAAACUAUUCGAUCCCAUUGGAAUUGUUUCCCCGGUUAUUGUCAAGGCUAAAUUAAUAAUGAAAGAAUUAUAA